AUUGUUUUUCUGGUUCGUAUGAAAAAACAACGUAGCUUCAGACAAAUGGCGAACGGAAGGACAAAUUAUAAACAAAUCCGCAGAAUUAGAAAAUACGAAGUAUUGCCCUACAUUUAAGUAAGAGAGUUUUGUUCUUGUUGUGGGCAGAAUCUGCAGUAUUGAGACUGCUAGGAAGCAAACACUGGAGCUACAUUUCGAGAGUUAGCAUACAACUGAGCUAGGCCUCUUAAAUUUACGCAGACUGGCUCUGUGUUUGGGAUCUAGCUAGCCAGCCAAGGAAUAAAUGCUAUGCAAAGGGGUUAGCUAGCUAGCUAGCCAGCUAACAGCCUCGCUAAUCAUUAAGAUCACAUCAGGGCAAAUUAUAUCAGUACGCAAUAGUUGUAACAGUCUGCGAACAAUAACAUGAAUACGAAUUCGGACAGCAGUAAGCCGUCCGAACUGAAGAAGAGAAGCGCAAGCCCACGGCAGGAGUCUGACUCCCCACUGUCAAAGCAGUCAAAAGUGGAUGAUGAAAAAGAUAGAGAGAUUGAUUCCUCCCAACGCGCUGACAAAGACGUUGCUCAAGACAAAUAUGAAGAUAGCCCCCCAGACAAUAACAGUGUUGUUGAAGGCGAUAAACAGAGAUAUGGUGGUGGUACGAACGGAACACAAAGCACAAGUGAUGCCGACGGUGGUUCUGAUUCACGGGUGAGCGCGAAAGAGGGGAAGUUAGAUGCACUGACACACACAGACGAAGUUGGAGAUGCGGCUGAGAGCGAAAACGGCUGCCAACCCUCAACUUCGCACAAGGAGCAGUCAGAUUCUGCAGCUAUUGCCGCAGCGGAAGCACUCGCGAGUCUGACUGGCGUAGGGGAUGUGGACGACGACAGUAAGGAAAUGCCUUGUUCGUCCAAGCAAGCAUUCGGCAGAAAAUUGGCAGAUAAAUUUAACCGUCCCAGUUGUUCCAAGGAGAGCACCAAGCCUGAGAGGGGUCAGCACGCAGAGGCUGCCGCGGCGGAUAGCUCUUCAUCCCUGCUAAACUGCGCGGAACGGGAGGACGAAGAGCAGGUACAUUACAUGGAUGAGGAGGACGACUCACUACCAGGGUCCUCAUCAACUGCCAGCUCCUCUAUUGCAUCUGAUAAUGACGAUAACGAGGACGGCGAGUGUGCCAUAGUGUCGGUGAAGAUGGCCCCAGAGGUCCGCCAGUCCGUUGCGCUCCUCGCGCAGGUGCAGAUGCGGCUGGACGCACUGGAGAAGAAAGGCGCUCGGCUGCAUCAGCGCCUGGAGAUGAAGAUGGGCCGUCAGCGACGCCCUCACCUGGACCAACGUGGCGCCAUCACUCAAACCAUUCCGGGCUUUUGGGUUACAGCACUUCUCAACCAUCCACACUUGUCAGCUCACAUUGACGAAAAUGAUGAAGACGCUCUCAGCUACAUGACCAAUUUGGAGAUUGAGACUUUUAAAAACAACAAACUUGGAUACCGAAUUUGCUUCCAUUUCCGACGGAAUCCAUUCUUUCAGAAUAAAGUUAUAGUUAAAGAGCUACAUCUUGGAAUGGGAGGGUCCCCUGUUUCUUUUUCAAAUCCAAUUCUUUGGCACCGUGGGCAGAAUUUGACAGGAAAUGGAGAAUCAAGGCGAACCUCACGAGGAGUUUAUCAGAGCUUCUUCCACUGGUUCAGUGACCACAGCAGCCCUGGAGGAGAUGACAUCGCUCAGAUUCUGAAAGAUGACCUGUAUAGGAACCCUCUCAGGUACUAUCUGACCCCACUAUGGGAGCCACGGGAAAAUGGCAGCACACCCAAACCACCGGACAACAGUAACGGAGAUGAGUGUGUGAUAAUCUCAGAUUCAGAUGAUGACCAGGAAGUGGUUAGUCAAGACCAAUGUCAGGAACCAGAAGAAGAAGUCGACGAUGGUGGGGAAGAUAACGGUCAAGUUGCAGGCUCUGAUGACAGUGAACAAGAAGCAGGGGAGUAUUCCCUCGAGGAGAGGGAGGAAGAGGAAGUAGAUGUAGAGGAAGUGGAUGAGUCACGUGACUCAAGUGGCUGUGAGGUCAGAGGGCAAGGCCUGGAAGAGGAAGAAGAUAUUGAUAUCAAUGAGGAUGUGGAGGAAGAAGCUGAAGAUGAAAACUAAAAAAAAAACAAAAACUUAAAAAUAAAAAAAAAUUAAAAGAAAAAAACUUUAAACCUGUUUGAUUUUAUGCAGAUAAAGCUUAUUUAGAUAUAUUCUUCAAGUAAAUGAAGAGCUCAUUAGGUUGUUAUGGCAGACAACAAGAAGUAGCUGUAUUGUGGCUGGUAUCUCAGGAUGUACUGUUCGUAUAUCCCAAUACUUAAGGAUAAAGUUUAUCUCGGUUUUUAGAGCGGGGUUUGGUCUGGCAGUCAUUACUAAAAUUUUCUUUGCAUUAUCUAACUUUGUGUGUUUUUCAGCUGGUUUAAGAUAAGACCUCUGGUUGGACAGCUAAUACUGGACAAUGUUACAGUAUUAACCUUGUUGUGCUUAAUAUGGAGAUGAAAGGUGAAGUUAAACUUAUUCAAGUUAAAGUAUUUUUGGGGAAAGUUCCAUAUGAGAUGUGUCACAUAUACAUGUGUAAUACUUACAUGCUUUUGAUGCACACGCUUCAUGUCGUUACUUUUCCCACUUUUACACUCAUGCUAGUCAAAAAAAAAAAGUUGAAAUGUCUCAAAGUUUAAAAUCCAACUUGCGUGAUUUAUUUUCAGCUAGACAGAGAACUACAGUAACUGAAUGAAUGUGCCCUGUAGAAAGCUCCUAGCGACCCAGGGCAUUGUUAGGUGGCAUGACAUGGCAUGUUACAAAGUGUUUACGGCACUACAGUAGACCCACCAGCCUAUCCGAGGUUUUUCUACACUGAAUCAGAUUCCCUCUAUGCAUAGUGAUUUAUAUGGAUAAAACCACAAAAUCCCUUUUAACCAAAUUUGCUAUUUGCAAGUUUAUUCACCACAGGCUUUUUGAAAAUUUUGUGGUAAAUAUGUGUGAGGGGUGUGUGCUAAACAAAUGUAAACAUUUCAGAUGCACUUAGUUCUGAACCAAACCUGGAUCACUCAGGGAUGUUUAUUACAGUGGCUUUGUUCCAUAAAUGUGUCAUUUUUUAUGGGUAUAAUAAUCACACAUGGUACUUUGUUCAUUUUAAUCUUACUUGUUUAUAGUUUAUGUAGUUACAUAGGUAGAUUCAAGAACAUAAUUGUAGAUGUAUCUUGUUUCCUUUUAAUUUGGUCAGCAUAAGCAGCUAAGAACCUGAUGCUUCUCCUGCCAGCAUACAAGUUCUAAUUCUGUGCACGGUGGGGAACAAUUACUAGUGUCAGUUUAAAAUAUUUGACAAUAGAUGUCAGCACAUUGUCAACACAUGCAUGAACAUGCUAUGAGCAGUCACAAGCUACAAUGAAUCAUAUCCAUUGUUUUACCAUGUAAAUAAAAAACUCAUUAGGGCAGGUGGCAUGAUGUAGCUUUAUCAACAGACUUUGUGUCAUUUUUUGUGCUACUGGGUGUAUAUUCAUAAAACAUCAAUCAUGCAUUUAUAUGUCUGAAUUAUUGCAUACACAAAUUAUAUAGUGAAUCUGCAAGUUUUUUUUCCUGAUUUUUCUGGCAUCCAUCUCUUUUUAAUUUUUUUUAAUUUAUUUUUGUAAUUAAUCAACUUGCAAUUAGAUUUAUCAUCUUGCUUCAGCCACAUGACCUUAUGGUUAUGAAAUAACUGUUUGACUUCAAUGGACAAAUCUUAAAAUCUGAAGUACCAUGAAAGAAAGCUAUUUUUGUGUGGUAAAUUUUAUAGUUUAUCAGUAAAUUUGAAAUAAAUGGUAUGUUUUGUGUCA